AAAGUGCCAUUUUACGGAAUACGAGAAAUAGUGAUUAUAUCUAUUUGUAGAUAUAUUAUGUGGUUUCAUCAACAUGAUUGUUCUAUAAAGUUGUUAUUAUCCCAAAGAAAGGGCUAUUUUUGAGGAGGUUACUUCUUUUGAAAGGGACAGACUAGUGCCUCGUGCCUCUCUGCUUCUAUUUUGCUGGUCGCUGCGCUGGAGCGUACUGCCUACAAUGGCGGGAAAUAAAUGAGUUAGUUGAGAAGGCCAUAACCACCUGAUAAGUAAAUAAAAGGAUGUCAAGUUUUUGGGUACUUAUGUUCUUGCAAUUGAUUCAUUAAAAUCUACCAUCCAGUUCAGGAAAAAUUGCCUUAAAAACUCAUACAUACAUCGAAACUGACUUUGGCCUACAAAGAUCACAGAACACUAAAAGCUAGGUCAAGCAAGAUGAAUUCCAGUGUAGAGAAUGAUGAUGGAAAUAAAAUGACUUUAUACAGUGAGGAUAAUUGCAACAGUAAAUUUAGAUUAAAUGGGGAUAUUCUUGAUCAUCUUGAAAAAGAAAAGCCAGUUGAUCAUCUGAUGUCUAGUGAACAGUAUGAGACACACCAUGUACCAUUUCUAGAAGAAGACUGUGCUUAUGCAAGGCCAUUGUGUACAGAGGAAAUGCUCCAGCAUUUGGAAAAGGAUAUGGAGCAAAGAAUAGCUGAAGAAGUUGAAGACCAUCGAACCCGUAUAUUUGGGAUCAUUUCAGAUUUUAGAAACAACCUUGGCUGUGCAUUUGAGCAAAAUGUCCCAGAGGCUGGGUCAUUAACCCCACUUAAUGUUGAAAAUGAAAGAAGUUUUGGUGAAUUGCCUUUGAAUGGCUACAACAUUGAAGACGAAAGCUUUCAAAAUGCCAGUUUUUCUUCUAGUCAUACGAUGGAAAAUGGCAUUGUUGAAAGUAGCCCAGCAGACAUCGAGUUCAGUAUAGAUCGACAGUUAUUGGCAGUUGUCUCCAACUGUUUCAAGAUAUGCAAACGAUUGGAAGGAUUUUCCCCUUGACUUUUGACAUUAAAUUUUGUUGGCUCUAAGAUCGUAUGUACGGGAAGUUUAAGUAUUGUUUCCGUUUUGAUUCUCUUAAGAGUGCAACCCUGACACUCUUUGUAAAACUGCUCCAUUCUCAUCUGACAAGGGGUAAGGGAUAUGAAAAACCCUUGAGUUUUUGAACAUAUUUGGUUAUUUUACUCAAAAGAAAUAGAAGACAUUCCCAAAGAAAAACAGCCCUAGCUCCUAAAGCCUCAAAAUCCUACUAAAGCUAUUUCUGAAUUUUUGAGCAUAAUUUGCAAGUGACCUUUUCUGUAUAAAGUAAAGUAAAUAUGAUUAAUAUUUCAUGAAAAGUUUCGUUGUAGUUUCCUGCCAAUAGCUCUUACACUCUUAACGACAUUUCUCAUGUUCAACCCGCAUGUUGGUUUUUUUCCGUUAAUUAGAGUUACUUAACCCAUUUCCUAUGUGUGUCAAUCAGGAUAUGAAAUUUUCAUGUGAUCACUUUCACACGCUGCAAUAUGCGUAUGCCUCAAUGGUUUGUUGUUUUUAGAUAGCCUAUAGGAUUUACUCUCGGAUAUGUCUAGCGUUAGCACAAAGAUAUAUUUAGAUAUUUAGAUAUCUAGAUACAUACGUAGACAGCAUGUAGUGUCAGCAAAGUGAAAAAACAGAACUUAGUAAUUCCAGAUUGUAAAUGGUACCUUUUUUGUCAAUGGCGUUCACGAUAAAGUUUGAUAUAAAGAUUUCCAUAACCUGUUCUGUUUAGAUUGGGUGAUGUUAAAUUGCGAUCUUCACAUAUAUUUCCCUUAGUGUUUUCUUUUAUCUCUGCAGGCACAGAAAGUCAAUUUAAUAUCUCUCACGACUUUAUUUCAUUAAAAUACAAUAUUUGUUCUUGAUAUGUCAUUCUCCUUACACAUUUUAGAUUAUUUUCUAAAGUUCUGUAAUAUUUACGCCCGCUCAAAAAUCUGUUGUCAAGGAAAGAGAUAUUCACUAAAUCUCAACCUGUUAACAAGCUUGUUACAGCCCACCAAAGCAGAAAAUGUUAAAAAGUAUACAACUUAUUUAGUUUGAAAAUCCUUUUCAAAUUUUUUUCUGUUUUGUUUUCACCUUUAUGGUUACUCAUUCCAAUGACUCCAUAUCCGAAUUUCGGGCCAACAGGCAUGCGGCAAUUGAUGUACCAAUUGUCGUUAAAAACCCAGAAGCAACACAAAUCCAUCCAAGUAUAAAUGCCCAAUCGUACUGAAACCCUAACAUUCGUGAU